AUGAAAAUCUUAUCAGUAUUUUUUCUUGCUCUUUUCUUUAUCAUUUUCAAUAAAGAAUCCUUAGCCGAAAAAACAAACAAAGGAACUGGAAGUGGUGUUAGCAGCAAAAAAAAAAAUAAAAAAGGAUCAGGUGAACCAUUAAUAGAUGUACACGAUUUAAUAUCUGAUAUGAUCAAAAAAGAAGAAGAACUUGUUGAAGUUAACAAAAGAAAAUCCAAAUAUAAACUUGCCACUUCAGUACUUGCAGGUUUAUUAGGUGUAGUAUCCACCGUAUUAUUAGGAGGUGUUGGUUUAGUAUUAUACAAUACUGAAAAAGGAAGACACCCAUUCAAAAUAGGAUCAAGCGACCCAGCUGAUAAUGCUAACCCAGAUGCUGAUUCUGAAUCCAAUGGAGAACCAAAUGCAGGCCCACAAGUUACAGCUCAAGAUGUUACACCAGAGCAACCACAAGGUGACGACAACAACCUCGUAAGUGGCACUGAACACUAA